AUGGCAGCUGUUUAUGCUUUGACCUGGCUGUGCACUGUGAUCAUCUGCAUAUCACAUGUUUGCUCAAUGCCUACAACCUGCAGGCUUCAGAAGAGACUGGUGGAAAAAUGCCACAGUGAUCUGGAGAAGAUGGGAGGAAGAUUUCCUUUGCACUGCCUAGAAGAAAGUGUUCCUGUCCCAUUUCCCAAGGGCGCAUUUGAGUUCAGCACGUCCCAACAGGUUGUUGCUCUGGAAAAGACUAUCUACUUAACCUUGACCCACAUCUCCUCCUUGUUUGAUGAAGAUGGUUUUCCUGAUAACUGGAAAAAUGUUGAGGACUUUCAGAACAUAAUUUACCGCCAGAUUGAGGAGAAUCAGUGUAUUAUGAAAAAAACUCUAGAUUCACAGGAGGACUUUCUCAAGCGUGAAAAGGCACUCAAGGAGUAUUUUGACAAAAUAUCAGCAGUUUUGAAAGAAAAGAAUUUUCAGGGUUGUGCUUGGGAAUUCGUUCGAAAAGAGAUCCAAAUAACUCUACAAUUCAUUCUGAACAAAGAUUUAAAGGAUGUUCUCUUUUCCAGCCGAGGCUGA